AUGGCUGCCGCUGCAAUGUCUGGUGUCGAGCUCGUGCAGGCCGUCGAGGGCGCCCUGUCGGGGGCCUUUGACGUGGCGGUCAAAGCGACGGAGAGCUCGGUCAAGAUCAAGCACAUCGUCGAGUCGGAGCAGAACGCCGAGGCCAACGAGAAGGCCAGCAAGGAGAACUUUGUGUCGAUGAGCAUGGACUCGCUCAAGGGCAGCGUCGGCGCGCACUGCAACAUCAUCAUCGUGAACGACUACACAGACGACGCCAAGCACUUCACCGGCGAGGCCCCCACCAUGCCGCUGCUCGAGUGCGAGUUCGCCGAGGGUCGGUCUAGCCUGUACCGCAUCUACAUCUUCAAUACCGGCUCCUACGACCGCCCCUUCCGCUCCACCGGCCACAAGUGGGAGGCCGACGGCAUCCAAUACUGGGGCGCCGGCGGCGCCGAGGUCAAGGUCGACAAGAACAUUGGCCUCGGCUGCAUGUACCUGCACUUUCCCGACGGCGAUGGUUUCGAUGCCGGUGCCGGUGCCGGUGCCGGUGGCCAGGAGCAGGGUCAGGAGCAGGGCCAGGAGCAAGGCCAGGAGCAAGGAGAACAGGGAGAGCAGGGAGAGCAGGGAGAGCAGGGAGAGCAGGGAGAGCAGGGAGAGCAGGGAGAGCAGGGAGAGGAGCAGGCCCAGGGAGGUGACGAGGAAUGA